UGCGCCUUGCGCUCUCUCCGCUCCACGAACAUCGCGCGCGCAGCGCCAAACUCGAGAGCGCGAGACCUGGCAGCGGAGAAACAUCGGGGAGGGAGGAAGGGAGUGUGCUGGUGUAUGUAGAUGAGAGCAGAGAGCGAGAAAGAGAGACGGAGAGAGAGAGAGAGGUUGGGAAAAGACUAGCACCUCUAUCCAUCAGCCGAGCAUCCUGCGGGAAGUCACUUCCAGCGCACGAGCGAACGGUGCGGCAUUUCUGUCCGAGCGAAUGGAUCAGUACACAGGGAAGGAUGUGACAAAGCGCUACAAAUGAAACUGUAAACUAUUAUUUGUUUCAGCUUGCACUAGUUACGCUGGUUAUUUUAUUUGUAAGUUUCAUUUUUACUUGUGUUCCUGUAUUACGCAUUAAUGUGCGAAUUCCGGCACAACACUUUUGAAGUGAUAUCAGACAAUGUCGUAAAUGUAGCCAUUAAAGGAAAAGUUAAAAGAUUUUUCUUGGAUGGGGUCUAACCUAAUGUCAAGCUGGUUUUGAAGGUGUUUGAUCUGGUCUCCUCGACCCCAGACGGAGUCUCCAUGGCUGCAGGAGUGGCAGCCUGGCUCCCUUUCGCUCGGGCGGCGGCCAUAGGAUGGAUGCCCGUGGCCAACCUGCCCAUGCCUGUUGCACCAACCACAAAGAACAAGCGACAGGACGAGCUUAUUAUCCUCAAUGUCAGCGGCCGGCGCUUCCAGACCUGGCGAAACACUCUAGACCGCUACCCUGAUACGCUCUUAGGGAGCUCUGAAAAAGAGUUCUUCUUCAACGAGGAAACUAGGGAGUAUUUCUUUGACCGAGAUCCAGAUUUGUUCAGAAGUAUUCUCAACUUCUACCGUACAGGGAAGCUGCACUACCCCCGCUAUGAGUGCAUCUCUGCCUACGAUGAGGAGAUGGCGUUCUUUGGAAUCAUUCCUGAGAUCAUCAGCGACUGUUGUUACGAAGAAUACAAGGACCGCAAGAGGGAGAACAUGGAGCGCCUUAUGGACGACCUUGAGGACAACAAAGACAGCAAACUACCUAACAUGACUUUCCGUGAGACCAUGUGGAGAGCCUUCGAGAACCCACACACUAGCACUAUGGCCCUGGUUUUCUACUACGUGACCGGGUUCUUCAUUGCCAUAUCUGUCAUCACCAAUGUGGUUGAAACGGUUCCGUGUGGUUCUAUGCCGAACCAGAGAGACAUACCCUGCGGGGAACGCUACACAGAGGCGUUCUUCUGCAUGGACACAGCGUGCGUAAUGAUCUUUACUGUGGAGUAUCUGAUGCGACUGUUCGCAGCGCCCAGCAGGUACCGGUUCAUGAGAAGCGUAAUGAGCAUUAUAGACGUUGUGGCCAUCCUGCCAUAUUACAUCGGGCUCGUCAUGACCAACAACGAGGACGUGAGUGGGGCUUUUGUCACGCUUCGGGUUUUCCGCGUCUUUAGGAUCUUUAAAUUCUCCCGGCACUCCCAGGGUCUACGGAUCCUUGGCUACACGCUGAAGAGCUGCGCAUCCGAGCUCGGCUUCCUCCUGUUCUCCCUCACCAUGGCCAUCAUCAUCUUUGCCACCGUGAUGUUCUACGCUGAGAAAGGCUCCUCGUCCAGCAAGUUUACCAGCAUUCCAGCCUCCUUCUGGUACACCAUUGUAACCAUGACGACGCUGGGGUAUGGAGACAUGGUCCCAAAGACCAUAGCGGGGAAGGUUUUUGGCUCCAUCUGUUCUCUUAGUGGGGUGCUGGUCAUCGCUCUGCCUGUUCCAGUAAUCGUUUCAAACUUCAGCCGUAUUUACCAUCAGAACCAGAGAGCUGAUAAACGGCGGGCUCAGAAAGUUCAGAAAGCCCGACUGGCCCGAAUGAGAAUUUCCAAGUGUGGCAGUUCUAGCGGGUUCCUGCAUAGCAAACGAAAUGGACUCAACCAAUCGCUGGAGCUGACGCAGAUCCCUUAUUACAAGAUGAAACUUUCACCACAGGGUUCUAUGGAAGGAGACCAACAGCUGAAAAAACCCACGUCCGUGUUGGAGAGCCAGCAUCAUCAUCUUCUUCACUGCCUGGAGAAAACCACGAAUCAUGAGUUUAUGGACGAUAGGUUGUAUGAACAGGGCUAUCUGCGGACAUCGCUACAGAACUUCCCAUCGCAGAGUCCAUCUCUGUCCAGUGAGGAGGGUAUCACGGGCACCUGCUGCUCCCGAAGAGCCAAGAAGAACAUGCAACCUCUCAACGCAACACACUCACACACACACAACCUGCAGGAGCUCAGCGCCUUACACAUCCAGUGUGGGGAACAGCAGCCGCUUAAAACCAGUCGCUCCAGUUUAAAUCUGAUGUCAGAUGAAUCGGGGAGCCUGAACUGCAAAAGCAGUGGACUGGUUACCACGGCAAUCAUCAGUAUCCCCACCCCUCCCUCGAACAACUCUAGAGCCAGCCCUGAUGCCCCGCCCCCUCCAACCCCUGAAGCCCCGCCUUUUCUGAACCCCGGCUCUGACGUGGUGAAAAUCUCUGCCCUGUGAAGGAGACAGAACUCAGGAAAAGAAACUGAUGAGCAGCCUGCCCCCUAGUGGGAGAAGGAGUGUAUUGACUCAAACUCCCUACAAGGAAUAGGACAGAUGAAAAAGGAUGUUUGUGUGAAGGAGAGAGCAGGACAACCAUGAGUAUUCGAUCCCCCUCCAUCAGGACUGAAAAAAUGAGGGUGUCACUGUGCAUAAAACCUUUUUCUUUGUUCUUGUUACACUGUUGUGUCACACAGUUUUUUUUAAAUCAACUGUGUUUAUAUGAAAGAUUCAUAUUUUAAUUAGAGAGGAAGGUAAGAGUUCUUGUACAAGCUGAUUGUUUUUGUCUGUUAAUCUGUUCUGACAUCACAGACAGCCUCGCAAAGCCUCGGCUUUCUUUAUCCCAGAUGUUUUAUUUUGAUCUAGACUAAAUCAUAAAGGACAAGCGAAAAUCAACAUUAGAGUCUGUAUGGGUCUGACAGUAUUUCUUAGACUAUUGUAACUUUUUAUUUUGGAAUAUGUGUGAAUUUAUUGAUCAGAGAUAGCUACUGUAUAACUUGAAUGUUUCUGCCCCAUGUGUGUGCGUGCUUGGGUGCAUUACUGAAUUAUCCCUCAAACUCUCAGCUUACCACACAGUUCGUGCCUCUCAGGGGGAGGAGACUUUCCUUCUUCUUUAAGCCACUGUCACCCCCUGAGCCCAAAAUGCUGAGCCGACUUUGUAACGUCAGUUGUGAGCUAUCACGCGUUUCUUUGUAAUAUAGAACCAAAAAACGAGAGAGAAACAUGAAAGUGUUUUUAAAAACUCUGUGACUAAAAGCACAAGGCAUCGCUGAGAUUUUGUGACUACGAUGUGUAACAAGCCUUGGUUUAACUGUGAAUAUUGUUGAUAGAAUAUUUUGUAAUAUUUAGCCACUGUUUGGCAAAACCAGAGCAACUGCCUGCCCCGCACCUUUUAUGUCCUCCCGCCCCUUUGUGUCUGACCCCGCCCCUUUCCUCUGUCCGCUGCUGGCCUGCUUCUUGUAGUUGUUCUGAUCUAAGUGUUCUUGUCAUUAUCGCUCAAUGGGUAUUUAAAACUUGUCUAGUUUGCGUAAAUUCUACAUGGGUAGGAAAAUUUUGAUGUUUGUGUUUUUUUCAUCAGCAGUGAAUGUUUUCCUUCAUUCGAGAAUUUCAGUCAUUUAUUGCUGUUUAGAAAAGAGACAAUUGUACAAAUAAGUCAGAGCUAUUCUCCACUAUGUUUUCUCCGUUUUUGUCUGAGUCUUUGUCACCCAUGUUUAGGAAAAUAGCAUUGCCAUUAAGAAGGAUUCAAAUGUGCGGAUGUAUGGAUUGUCUCUAGUAGGUGUUGUUUACAAUUGUACAACCUUGUUCUUACACACAGAUAAAAUUCAAGCAAAAUUGCCAGCAAUCAGCCUCAAUCCCCCUGAUCUCCACAUGUUGUCCAGUAAGCCCUUACAUAAUUUCCACCUCUGUACCCUAACCCUAGCCUUUGUUGUCGAAACCUCUUCCGAGCCUUCUUCCUAAUUUCCACUCACUCGUGCCUCUUAACACCAGCAUACAUUGAAAGGGACCCCUCAGUUUAUCCGUUUAGUGCAAUGAGACUUUUGCAUUAAACCUCAUACCGAUACAUUCAAUCUUGUACUGUAUUUGGCAAAUGAUCAGUCCUCUUAAAACAAUUCAAGCCAAAUUUUCCAUGAAGUAUUUUGAAAGAAAGAUUAAAUCGUAAGAUUUUAUUAUUACUUAACAGAUCAACUGUUAUGUAAACGUAUCAUUAUGACCUGUUGGAGGUCAGUAUUACAGGGAAAAGCACAUUGUGACAUCAGUAAUAUCAGGGUAUAUGGCCCGCAUCAGUUUGUGAGCUCUUUAAAGCUUACAAAAUGUUCUUUAGUGGCCCUGUGUUUAAAUGGGUAUUAUCUUCCUGUUUGUUGUACAUACAAUCCAUAAGCACCGCUAUAAAUAAUGAUCAGCAUAUUUGGUCCAAAUUAUGUUUGGUCCUGUUGUGAUUUAUUGAUUUUUAUGGGUGUACUUAAUAGAUGGGAAAUAUGAAAAACUAGAAUUCAUCAGAAGAGACAGUGUGGCCAAUAGAUUCUGAAUUUUACAGUAAUAAAUGUUAAGUAUUGGGUCACUUGUGGUCUUCACAUUGGAGAGCAGUAAUGUGUUCAAGUUACUUUGAAUUUUGACUUCGUACAUCCAACCUAGCAAAGGAUGCUAGAAAACUGUACAAUGUAAUAGAAGUAAAAGUUAGACUCAUAGGCUUUGUAAUCAUUCAUUUGUGCAGUCCCUUAGGAUGACAGAACUGGUUGUUUUAAAUAUACUACAAAGUGGAGUUCUGUAUGUGCACAUCUACAUACCUGUCUUUUUUUCUUCCUCUGUGUUUCUGUGCUUAAACUCUCUAGUUUUUUUCUGUUCAUUGUCAGAUGUUAAAUAUUAUUUAUGAUCUUGUCUCGUGUCACAGUUGUGAAACGCCUGAUAAAUUUAUUGUAU